AUGACCGAGGUUACCAGCAAUAAAGCACCCACUUACCCGUGUCUCACUUACCUCGAAUACAGUAGAUUACCACCGAAACUACAAGACGACUAUUUGAAUUGCUGUCAAGCUCAAUUUGAACGCGAAAGAGCAAGAAUUUUGUUCGAACGUCAAGGCGGUUUAAAAGGCUCGGCUAAAAGAAAAGCACAACAGGAAGUUGAUUGGUUUAAAAGAACAACAACCUGGUCAUACCUUCAUGCAUAUAUACCGCUGAAGAGAAAUGACAGACUUCUUACUUCGCAAGAAAUGUUUAACCGGGUUGGAUCAUAUUAA